UCUAAGCCCCUCCCACUUCUACCCCUGGUAGUACUGGUAUGCCAACAGCUGUUGAGUGAUGACACUGCACAUACAGGCCUCUGUGAAUGAACGUGCUGAGGGACAUUUAAACUUUAAAGGGGCAACGUGUGUGUGUGUGUACUAUGACAUGAAUGCAAUCCACCCACUGAUAUACACACUCCGCCACCUACGCUGAAGACUAAAGGACGUGUCUGUUUGUUUGUUUCUCGGACCUCGUCUCCUGAGAACUUCUCAACCUUUUUCCUUCAUCAACUGAUCUUUCGAUUUUUCACCUCCAACGAUGGGAUCUUUUAUUGCCAAGAUGCUGCUUCCCACCGUCAGCAGCCUGGUGUUCCUGCCUACGGCCAGUGUGGCAGCAAAGAGAGGCUUCCACAUGGAGGCCAUGGUCUACUUCUUCACCAUGUUCUUCACAGCGAUUUUCCAUGCGUGUGAAGGACCUGGUCUGUCCAUCCUGUGCUUCAUGAAAUACGACAUACUGGAGUACUUCAGCGUUUAUGGGACAGCACUGUCCAUGUGGGUCACACUGAUAGCCAUAGGUGACUUUGAUGAACCACAGCGCUCCAGUUUAACCAUGUUUGGCGUGUUGACCACCGCCGUCAGGAUCUACCAGGACCGCUGGGGCUACGGGAUAUACUCUGGACCAAUAGGAUCUGCCGUCUUCAUCAUUACUGUCAAAUGGCUGCAGAAGAUGAAGCAGCUGCGGGCUUUGUAUCCAGAGAAGACCGUGUACACACAGCAGGUUGGUCCGGGCUGUUGCUUCGGCGCGCUAGCUCUGAUGCUGCGAUUCUACUUUGAAGAGUGGGACUACGCCUAUGUCCACAGCUUCUACCAUCUGUCUCUGGCUGUGUCCUUCGUUCUGCUGCUGCCAAAAAAGAACCGUUACGCAGGGACAGGACAAAAUGCUGCCAAGCUCAGCUGCUACGCUCUGUGCUGCUGCACUGUUUUUCCUGCCACCGAUAAAGACAAGAAGGACAAACCGAAAAAGAAGUCCUCUCGCACUCUGUGGAAAGCCCCUACUAAGAAGACAAGCAAGUGCAGCACCCCCACCCUGCCUCUUUACACCUCCCCGCCCCCCACACCUAUUAAAGGCACAAGUAUUAGCAAGCUCAAAGAGAUGAAUGGCUGGAAGUGA